GGGAAAGGACAACGUGAGGGAAAAACUACAGUUUGAGAAGAAAAGCAAUCUCGAGCUCCUCGAGAUGUGACGGGACACGCGCUGCUACAAGAGGACCGCCAAGAUCAUGAGAGGGCCGAACAUCAUGGCCAUAAAUCGAUGCAGAUUCCGCCCCAUUUUGCGUGAUUAGAUUUAAUUUCUUCCAAAUGCGAAGGGGCAACAUGGAACGCGCCCAGAGCCCGAGGCCUGAGCAGUCCUGUCAAAGCACGCACGAGCCCAUUCGCUUCGGCAUCGACCAGAUCCUGGGCUCCUCGGACAGCGCCCCGGGGAGUCCGGCCGGGACCACCGCAGCGCCCCUCACCUCCUUGCGCGCCGCCAGGGUCGCUGUGCCGGGUCCUCUGGAGGGUUCAGGGCUCUAUGGGGGCAGCAGAGCGAUGGGUCACCGGGGGGUGAUCAGGGUUCCUGCUCACAGGCCGCUGACCACCGCCGUCCCGCCGCCUAUGGUGAGUGCAGCAGCAGCAGCAGCAGCGGCGGCGGGGGGCUUCGGGGCGCUCUGCUUCCCCUGGGUGGAUCACAGCCGCAGAUUCACCGCCAAAGACAGACUGACAGCUGUUCCAGCUCUCCUCCCUCUGAGCCUGACCCGGAGGGUUGGUCACCCCUACCAGAACCGCACGCCCCCGAAGCGGAAAAAGCCGCGCACUUCGUUCAGCCGCGUGCAGAUCUGCGAGCUGGAGAAGCGCUUCCACAGGCAGAAGUAUCUAGCCAGCGCCGAGCGCGCGGCUCUCGCCAAGAGCCUCAAAAUGACCGACGCUCAGGUCAAAACGUGGUUCCAGAACCGCAGGACCAAAUGGAGGAGACAGACAGCUGAGGAGAGGGAGGCGGAGCGUCAGCAGGCCAAUCGGAUGCUGCUCCAGCUGCAGGCUGAUGCACUGCAGAAGUCCAUCAGUGAAUCGGUGUCUGUAGAUCCUCUCUGUGUGCAUAAUUCCUCUCUGUAUGCCCUGCAGAACCUGCAGCCCUGGGCCCAGGACAAACCAGGCAAACUGGCCACCACUUCUUCACUGGCCUAAAACAGCACUAGCAGUGAUAAACUGCCUUUGAGGUCAAGAUCCUAAGCACUUAGGUUCUGUUGCAGUUACACAGGCUUUGUGCAGAUCUGUUAAAAAAACCUGUAUUACCCAAACAACAGUGAUGCAGGAGUGCAGUCAAAGUCACCAAAAAGUGUCGCAUCCAAAUAUGCAAAGUUUUCCCUCUGCAAAGUGACCAUCUUAGUCAAAUCUGAGGUUUGGAGCUAAUCCAUGAGGUUGAGCUAAUCCAUGAAGUUAUAAAACUCAGCAUUUAUAUAUGUGUGAGUUAUCCAUUGCAUUUAUAAUUAGAAUACUUUCAAAAAUGUAGCAAAGUUUUGGUUCAUAAGGAGAUUUCUCCAGGCAAACAUUAGGUAAAAGUAGUUGGAGAGGAUCUUUAGACUCUCUAAACCUUCAUAGAAACAAACAAAAUGGUGAUGUCCAAACAGCCCUGCAGAGACAUAUCUUCUUCAAUCACUGUGUAGUUAGUCUGCAAUAUCUCCUGUCGACGUGUUGUUGGCACAGUUUUUUGGGCUGUGGAGUAUUCAGUUACAUGCUUGACUUUUUAUAUGAAUGGGAAUAGUGUACAUUUCAUACUCAUCUACAAUAACUGUUUACUUGCCCUGAUUGUUUACGUGCCCUGUGACUAAUCAGCAGGUGAAAGAAUAUUCCUGGGACCGUGUUACCAUAAUGGCAGCGUUAAAGUUCUAGCUGAGGCCUGUGUCUUGGCACAGUUCACUGCCAAAAAUGCUGGCAUGUGGUAAUCCUGGAGCCAAAGCACAAUAAUGAACUUGAUCCCUGUAUUCUGUACGCUUGGAAGAUGUUUGUGAAAAAAGUGCGAAAGAAUUCCUUUAACUCUUUGUCAACAUAGUCUUUUCCUAUUGAAAAACAAAAUGUUCCAAAAGUAUUUAAGUCCAGAUCUUUAUCUUGUAAU